AUGUGCGAUCAUCUUGACGCAACUCUGGACCAGCGAUGCUAUAUUUCGUCAGAGAAAUGGGACUAUGAUGGGAAACCGUCUACGCAUGAGAAGUCGACUGCGUCAUCUUCUACACCUUCGGCGCACAAUGCAUCAGCCCUUCAGGUUCCGAUGCUUGACUUUAAUGCCUUGAACACGUUUCCCGACUGGGAAUGGGCCGCUGAAGUGCCCUUGACAGGCGUCAUCGAACUCACCGCACUUUGCGGGCGCAGGAAUUGGCUAAGCUGGACGGGAUUCUUCAGCUCAAUCCAGGGCUGGACAAGAGGAUAUUAG